AUGGAAGGGUGUAACUAAUAAUUUGAUAUUGAAGAAUUAGGGUAAUUCAAUAGACAACAACAAAAUAGUAAUUUGAUUAAUUAUUUAAGUUUAAAAUGAGAAAUAGUUUUUUUAAAUACUCGAUCCCAAUAAUAUUGAAGAUUCGGGAUUUGUAUUUUUGUUAUAAGAAGCAAGCACUGGCUAAUUAGAGGAGGCGAUGCUUUAAGAUAUUCCAAUGUUUUUUAAUCGAGAGGCAAAGCUAUACAAUUAUUUGGCCAAUUUAUUAUAAUUGACAGAUUUGGAUAUGCAAGGUAAUCUUUCUAAAAAUAUAGUUUAGGUGCGCCUGAAUAUACUAAUUAAUUAACUAAGUUAUUGAAGAUGUUCUUUUAAAUUCAUGAGAUUGGAUAGAAUUCAGAAUUUACUUAUUAAUUAGCAUAGCAAUAUGGUUUAAAUGAUAUUAAGUCUGGAUAUCCAUUUAGAUUUUUAAUUAAUAGCGAUCAAUCUUUGAUUCAAUUACUUUUAAAGAUUAUUUUAAGUGAGGAGAUAUUAAAUAAAGAAAAUGAUUUCUUCUCAUAAAUUAGAAUGUAUUUACCAAGAUUUUUAAUAUUUUCUAUAAAUCCUCCUUAACCAUUUUUAGGUAGAUCAUAAUUGAAAUCUUUACAAAAUCUAAUUGUUAAUAAAAUCAAUUAUGAAUUAUUUGAGUCUAACUUUGAGAAGCCUUACAAAUUGGAUUUGUUAGCAUUAUCAUAUUUUUCUGAUCCUGAAUUAAAUUUUAAUUUAUAUAGAGAAACUGUAGAGAUUCUUAGAUCUAUUCUAGAGAGGUAAUAAAUUAUAUAUAUAUUAUUUAGUUUAUUGGAGUAGAAGAAUGAUUAGACAGAAAUUGUUUAAUAAAUAUAAAAUCUAUUAUAAUUUUUAAUUGCUUUUACAACUAAUUAUGAAGUAUUGAAAUCCUUUUUUUAAAUUAAUUUUCAUAAAACUUUAUAUAAUUACAUAAGAUCAACAUAUCCAAAUUUUGGAAAUGUAAGUUAUUAAAUUUGGUCUAAGGAACCAUUGAUAAUUGA